CUUGUCUCAGGUGUCACCGCUAGACUCUUUAUAAAAGGGGAACCAUUUGAAGAGGUGAGCAGACUCCAGGAGACCAGAUUCAUUGCCUACACUGACUCAGAAAGAGACAUCACCUCCCAACUCAGUCAUGCGUUUCAUCCUGUUUGUUUCCGUUGUGUUCUUUUGUGCCCUCUACCAAACCCUGGCACAAGGCUCGUAUGAUGACUGCUGCUUAUCCUAUGUUGGAGAGGUUAAUGUAUUCAUCAAGAGACGAGUGGACAGUUACCGAAUACAGAAGCAGGAUGGAGGAUGUAAUCUUAGUGCAGUCGUGUUCAAACUGAUGGGAGGUCGGCAGCUUUGUGCUAGGCCGGAUGAGCGAUGGGUACAAAACCUCAUCAGAAAUGUUAAGAGGAAUAAAAAUAAUCCACAUAGAAGACGUCUCUACACCAAUAAGAAUAAACAAAAGAACAAAAUCUAAGCAUAGUCCCCACUGUCUUAGAUGAGCUUUGGAGUGCUGCCUGCACUGCGUCCAUUUCAUCCAAGACGCAAUGGUCUUUUCAGUACUGCCUGCAUGUUGCUGCUAUUACCACCAUGUACUUAUCUUCCUUAAUGUUUUUUUUUCCUCCUAUGGCUCAGUGCAAAGGUCUGGCCAUUCAUGUGCAAGCAAGAAGGAUAUAAGGCCUAGUUACUGAAUGACAAAAAGCAUCUAUAAAUGUGCUUUCGCAACACUUAUAAUCUACAAUAUAAUCAAAAUGUGGGUGGAACAGUUUUGCAGUCUAACCAAAUAUUCUGCCAUUUCCUUAUGAGAUUAUAGCGUGUAUCUCAAGUAAAGCAACCGCUGAACUUGCCUAUUGAGUGAUGUGUAAAUAAGUCUACUUUUAUUCAUUUUAUAAAAUUCAAUGACUGCAUUUUUACUCAUCAUCAGCUAUGUAAAACUUUAAGAUUUAUUUUUAAAGACUAUCUAUGAGAACUAUUAAGUGCAAGCUAAUAAAGUAGAGAGGAAAUUAUAUUUUUUGUACUGUUAGAAUACCUUUUAGAGAUUACAAAAACAAUAUGACUGUCAUCUUUAUUACUUUGUUUCUUUACUGUAACCCGUCAAGCUUUAGAAUUUUUCUUUUUACAAUAAUGCUGUAAAUGUUUGACUAUCUUUAAAUCGUUUUUGAUUUGCUAGGGAAAAAAAUUAAUUCUGGCUAUAACUGCUGUUCUUCUGAUAAAGUAUUUUAUUAUUGCUAGUCAAUAAUUAUAUAACUAUCAGUGUGUGACUACUUCUGUUUUGGUAUGGUUUAAAAAAUACAUGGUAGCAUUUUAUCAGUUUUUUUAUAUGGAAUUCCCGAGUGUGACUAAGAGGAAAAGAUCCACAUUAUGUAUGUAAUAAAUUGUGCUAUAUCAUUUCAUUCACUGAAAAUGUGAUGUUUAAAUUGAUGAUGAAAUUGAUAGCAAAAUGUACAAGCUUACUUAAUGGUGUGUAUGUCUGUGUCUGAGGUGCUACGCCAACGAAUUAUAACCAAUUUGUAUCUAUUGUAUCUGACUUGCCACAUAUAUUAAUAAAAUACAUAUUUUAUAUUAA